AAAUAAAGUAAGAAAAUAUUUCUUUCAAAAAAUAUUUCGAGGGCGGAGCGGUUGGCACUACUUCUCGCGGUACAACCUUUUCCGGUCCUCUUUCCAGCUUCCCGUGCAAGAUGACCAAGAAAAGGAGGAAUAACGGUCGUGCCAAGAAGGGUCGUGGCCAUGUGCAGCCCAUUCGCUGCACCAACUGUGCACGCUGUGUCCCCAAGGACAAGGCCAUCAAGAAGUUUGUCAUCAGGAAUAUCGUGGAGGCGGCAGCCGUGAGAGACAUCUCAGAGGCCAGUGUCUUUGACUCUUAUGUUUUGCCCAAACUCUAUGUGAAGCUGCACUACUGUGUCAGCUGUGCUAUCCACAGUAAGGUGGUGAGGAACCGCUCUUGUGAGGCCAGGAAAGACCGCACCCCACCACCCAGAUUCAGGCCCGCUGCCGGUGCACCAAGAGCCCCUCCAAAGCCUAUGUAAAGCAGAAUUUGAAGAUGCUGUACACCUGAAGAAUAAAUUCAAGUCUUUACAAACUUGAA